GACAAAAUAGCUAACUCCUUGCGAGGUGUCGAGGGUCGAGAAGGCAAACGCAAGUAAAAUUGUCCACUCCUCCCUUUCCACCGACGAUCUUUCCUCUCCCUAUGCUUGUGUGAGAACCAACACGAAAAGGAAAAAACACAAACCUUAAAAAGCUGCGAACACAAAACGUUAAUUGCAAUUUGUUUUUAGAGAAGAUACUAUUCGCGCCUGCAGUUGUUAAAUCUUCUUCACUGCGAACUGAAGAAAUCAUUUAAUAUAAAAGAAUGAGUGCGUUUAAAGAAAAAGUCUCAAAUCAACUAUCUCGUCUCUUUGCCGGUUCACCCAAUUCUUCUUCUCCUGAUAAUUCUCAGUUUGGAUAUAGAAACCUCAACAUCCUGGACAACAAAAGGAAUUCAGAUUUGGUUUUAGAUUUUUAUGAAUUCUGUUUUUGGUGCUGGCUGGAUCCAUUGUUUGGUAGCUGAAAAAACAUAACAAAAUACUGAAAACUCUUCUUGGUAGCUAAGAGAAUACGAGAAAAGAAGGCAAAAAUAAACAUGGGUUCUUAUACUUUCACUGCUUGUACCAGAAAAAAUCAAAACUUUAUCGAAACCAACUCCUGUAGCUUUGAAUUUUUACGGAUUUUAGAAUUUGUAAGGAGAAGGCCGUGCUCUAAAGGGGAAAAAUCAUCUUCAUAUUUUCCCUUCGCCAUCCCUUCACUAAGCUUUGUCGGGUCUAGAUCGAACAAGCACCAGGAUGAGUUAAAACCAAUUCAAUCACUUCCUGUUAGAUGGAACGGUAAAGAUCUUGAACAGCGAGAAGAAUACUCAGAUAGGUAUCAUGAAUGCAGCACAAUAUGCGAGACAGAGGAAUUCCAAAAAUCUUGUAAAGACGACAAAGAAUACAAUGCAGCUUUUGAAAACAAUCAAACUGUUAAAAGUCAUGACGGUAAUGAUGAUGCUGCCCCUGCAAGGAGCAGUAGUGAUAGUGAUUUAUUUGAAGAAGCAAAUAAUCAGACUCCACGAAAGCCUUUUCCCUGUCUCAUGGAUGAGUCCACUUUUAUUUCCUCAGAGCUGUAUGAGUUCUUGCUCUCAUCCCUUCCUAAUAUUGUGAAGGGAUGCCAGUGGACCUUGCUGUACAGUACGUUGAAGCAUGGCAUAUCACUUCAUACACUUAUUCGCAAGAGUGCUGCUGUUUCUGGUCCUUGUUUGCUGAUUACCGGUGAUAGACAAGGUGCUGUGUUUGGUGGGCUGCUAGAAUGUCCAUUGAAACCUACUGCCAAGAGAAAAUAUCAGGGGACAAACCAAUCAUUUGUAUUUACAACCAUUUAUGGUGAACCAAGGAUAUUUAGACCAACUGGUGCCAACAGAUAUUACUACUUGUGCUUGAAUGACAUACUAGCACUUGGAGGUGGUGGCAACUUUGCCUUGUGCAUGGAUGGAGAUCUGUUGAAUGGAACUAGUGGACCUUGUCAAACGUUUGGUAACUUGUGCCUGGCCCAUAACCCAGAGUUUGAGUUAAAGAAUGUUGAGCUCUGGGGGUUCACACAUGCAUCAAAAUACCUUGCCUGAUGAUGCUAGGCAAGAUAUGGAAGCUUCUUGUUUUGUCGCCUUUGAUUAGUUUGUGAUUUCAUUCUUUAUUCUUUGGAUCAUGGAGUACUCCAUUUAUGCAGAGAAUUGACCCUGGUAAAAUUUUAGAUUUGAAUUCUGAUUUAUUUGAAUAAAGCCAUGGUAAUCCGGUCUUCUGACUUGAGACCAUUUCAUCAAA